AUUCUACAUUUUUUUUCCUUCUUAUUAGUAGGUGAUUAACAAACGUAGUAGAUUAUUUAAAAGAUUGUAAUUUUAUUAUUAUUUUUUAAUUAUUGAAACGCAGUUUUUAUCAUUGAAUUUCAAACAAGUUUAUUCGUCGUCUUCUCUGUGCAAGCUUGGCGUCUUCAAAACCCUAUAUCCAGGGUUGCGAUUGAUUUCAGUGGGCUUCAAAUCGCCAGAUAUGGCAAACGCGGGCAAUAUCAGGAACAACAAUGAAGAACCGAGCACGGCACCUGAUAACGACCGAUGGUACAACCUAACCCUAGGCUCCUCCUUCAAAAACCACUCCUCCACCAAGUUCUGCACCUUGCGUUAUGAAUUUAAACCAGCUUCAAUUGAUAAGAACCAACCAGGAUCACUGCACAAGAACAAGGAAAACAGGGUUUCCGUAGAAUUUCACAACAAUCAACAUGGAAAACCCAAAGUUACCUUUGAGGGUAGUAGUGAGGAUUACAAAGAAAAUGAUGCUGUUCUGUUCUUUGAUGGUGAAACUUUUCGGCUAGAGCGACUGCACCGGGCGGUGAAGCGGUUGAGGCAUGUUCGGCUACCUGGUGAAUCCACAGCUAUAGCUUCCACAGCUGCAGCUACUUCUGUUGGACUGCCUGCUGAAUCCUGUUCAUCGCCCAUUGGGAAAGGAGCAAAAGUUCAUUCUUCAAAUAAGAGCACAUUUCAUCCACCCCCGGUUGAGGUGGAACGAAUUGAUAUUGGUGACUCUGAGAGCUUAGGUGCAAAACCUAAAAAUGAGAGGACUGUUGAUUAUCCAUCUGGCCGUCCAAACCCACCCGCCGCAUCACCUGAUGCUAAGAAUUUUGAUCUGGAGGAACCUUUGGAAAUAGUCAACGAUGAUGAAGAUGUUUGUAGAACAUCUGACAAAGGAGUUAGUGCUGAAAAAGAAUUCCACACUGGUAUUGAUAUCAAUUUACCACAUCAAAAUGACACUGAUGAUGAAAUCGCUGAAGUAGAUGUCAGUGAUGAUGAGCUGGACAAAGGUCGUAAUGCUGCAGAAGCCCUCAGAGCUCAGGUCAGUGCAGAAGGGAAAGAGGAGCACACUUCCAGCUCAGGUGGAAGCAGUGGGAGUGAGAGCAGUGGGAGCGGGAGCGGGAGCGGUAGUGGAAGCGACAGCGGAAGCAGCAGCAGUGACAGCGAAAGCAGUGAUAGUGACUCUGUGAACUCUAUUUGAAAUAUUUGUUGUGGUGGUCACUUGAGGGCUAAUACUAAAAUGCUGAUAAUACCAGAGCUCAAGAAAUGUAGCUGCUCAUGACCAAGCCUCAACUGCACAAGCAAACCUUCCGGUGCCGAUUUUCAAAAGCAGCUUUGUUGGUAUACUGCGUUGGACCGGGCAGUGGUUGCAUGCUUCAUUCAUGGUGUAUGUGUUGUUUAAGUUCUCAGUUUUUUUUUUCCUGGUUUAAUUUAGCUUCAGGACAAAUGUUAUAGGUGAGUUUAAUUUAUUGUAGAGCCUCUUUAUUCUUGUGAGAACAGAGCAGAAACUCAAAUUCUCUGAUGCAAAACCAGUCACUUUCAACCCAAAUCGUCAUCAAAUUUCAGUCCUGCAAUUCACGUUCCCCAACACUAUCUUAAGCUAAACUAAAUAUAAAUUUCUAUGGCGUUUGGAAUUC